AUGGAUGCCUUGCUAGAGAUUCUAGCGGACAAGGAGGAGCUUGAUCCCCUGACCAAGGAUUGGAAGAGCCAAGUAAGGGAGAUGGCCUAUGAUAUUGAGGACUGGAUUGAUGAGGUCAUUCAUCAUGCCAGCCAGGAUGGUACCACAGCUGGUUUCAUUCAGAAGAUCAUUCAGCGUAUCAGUAUGGUGAGAACCAAAUUUCGUAUUUCCAAUGAAAUACAACAGAUCAAGACUCGUGUCAUGGAGGUGAGUCAUCGUCGCAAAAGGUACAAGAUCGAUGUGGGCACCUCUAGAUCUAAAUAUGUGCCUGUUGACCCUCGCCUCCACGCACUUUAUGCUGAUGAAGAUGGUCUUGAGGGCAUUGAUGGCCCAAGGAAUCAGCUGGUCAAGUGGCUGCUAGAUGAAGAUCAACGGUUGAGGGUGGUAUCUAUUGUAGGAAUUGGCGGUCUUGGUAAGACCACGCUGGCCAAUGAGGUGUACAAAAGGAUUGGAGAGGAAUUUGAUUGUCAGGCAUUUGUAUCAGUCUCGCAGAGACCAGACAUGACAAGGAUUCUCACUAAUAUGUUUUCACAACUUGGGCAACAACCACCUUCUCAACCUAGCGAGGUGCAGAACCUCAUUAAUGUUCUUAGAGAACAUCUACAAGACAAAAGGUAUUUUGUCAUACUUGAUGAUAUAUGGGACGAAUCAGCAUGGGAUAUUCUUAGAUGUGCCCUCCCCAAAAAUGAGCAGGCUAGUAGAGUUAUAACAACUACACGCAUUGAAACUGUAGCUAUUGCUUGUUGCAGUUAUCGCAAUGAGUAUGUUUAUAAGAUGGAGCCACUAGAUGACCAACUAUCAAAAAGAUUAUUUUUUAAAAGAAUAUUUGGUUCUGAGGAUGCCUUCCCCGAACAGCUUAGAGAAGUUUCAACUGAAAUUUUAGACAAGUGUAGUGGUUUGCCACUUGCCAUUGUUAGUAUUUCUAGCCUUUUAGCUAAUCAAGCAACCACAAGAGUUGAACAGUGGGAACACGUGAGGAAUUCUUUGGGCAAUAAGUUUGGGAAAUGCUCUGCAUUGGAUGGUAUGAGACAGAUAUUGCAGCUUAGCUACAAGAACCUUCCUUACUAUCUCAAGGCCUGCUUUCUAUAUCUUGGCAUUUAUCCAGAGGAUUACACGAUUAGGAAGAAAGAUGUGGUCAUGCAAUGGAUAGCUGAAGGUUUUGUUAGUAAGGUGCAGGGACAAGAUGCAGAAGAUGUUGCAAGUAAUUAUUUCAAUGAGCUAGUUAAUAGGAGCAUGAUUCUACCUAAUGAUGUCAACUACCAAAAUGAGGUAUUAUCUUGUAAGGUACACGAUAGGAUGCUGAAUCUUAUCUUAAAUGAGUGCGCAGAAGAGAAUUUUAUGACAAAAAAUGAUAGAUCUGAUGUCUCAUUAUACCUGCACAAUACUGUCCGUCGACUCUCCAUGCAAUAUGAUAAUGGAAAACAAAGCACCAUAUCUCCAGCCACAAAUCUAUCACAUGUUCGAUCUCUUGCAGCCUUUGGAGAUUCCAGUUUCUUGCACAUGCAUCCUCUUUCAGAGUUUCGAUUUCUUCGAGUUUUAAUUGUGGAAUUCUCAGAUGUUUCUUAUAAGAUGAAAUUGGAUUUCACUGGAGUAUGCAACUUGUUUCAGCUGAGAUAUCUGAAGAUUGAAACCAACAUUAAUGUACAGAUACAAUUACCAGCAAAAAUCGGGAAGCUACAACAGUUGGAGACCCUGGACAUAGAAUGGGGAUCAGUUGUUAUCCCACCAGAUAUUGUUAGUCUGCCUCGCCUGACUCAUCUCAUAAUUCCAGAAAGUACCAGAUUACCUGAUGGGAUUGGCAAUAUGAAGUCUCUAGUAACUCUGCAAUCCUUUGAUCUUGGGGAGAACUCAAUUGAUAACGUCAGGGGUCUUGGCCAACUCACCAAUCUAAGAGAUCUCAAUCUUUGCAACUCUGGAACAUCUACCUCCAAUGUAGCAUUAUGUGUUGAUGUUUUGUGCUCUUCCCUUGAGAUGCUUCCCAACCUCAAACAUCUAUACUUGUACUGGCCUGGUAUUUGUGGCAGUGGUUUGAGUUCAUUACACCCUUCUCCCUGCCAUCUUCAGACACUAGAAAUGGUAUACUGGCGGUUCUCCGAAGUCCCCAAAUGGGUUGGUGAACUCCAAAAGCUCCAAGUCUUGAAGAUUGCGGUUACAGAACUGUCAAUUGAGGGUUUCCUUGUCCUUGCACGGUUGCCUGCCCUCACAAACCUAGGAUUGCGCACCCAAGUACCACCUAGAGAGAGUAUCACAAUCCAUGGAAUGGCGUUCCCAGCCCUUAAAUAUUUCAAGUAUUGGUGCAGAACACCACGGCUGACCUUUGAGGCUGGGGCGAUGCCGAAGCUUGAGAGGCUCAAGCUCUGCUUCAAAGAAAUCGUUGAAACACCUGGCAUUGGGCACCUGUUGGGCCUCAAAGAGGUAUUUCUAGAAAUUGGUGGCCAUGGUGGAAAGGUGCCACCCAGGAGAGGAGGCGCAUUGUCUGAGCUGAUUAUGACCAUCGAGACACAUCCAAGUCAUCCUAAACUCAAGAUUGUCAGUUGUCCACAUCUGUAG